AUGGCCUGCCUGGCGCGCGGCCGCUCCGAGCUCCCGGGAGAGUCACGGGCAGAGCCCCGGGGGCUCCGGCCUGGGGCCUCGCACAGGUGUCUGCUAAAUGCUACCCUGCCCGCUGAUCUUGACACCCCUCUCCGGGCCUCAGUUUCCCCGUCUGCAGGACCAGGUCCCGUGUCUCCCUUUGUGCUUCAGAAGGACAAUGCGCAACGGCUGCUCAAGGACUUGGAGCCGGACGUGCCGAGCCCGCUGGAAGCGAGCACCCCACCCAGGAGACGCAGGAGAGAGGCGCCCUCGCUGAGGACGGAGGGGGCUCUGGAGCAGGAGCUGCCUUUCAACAGCAAUAUCACCGAGUUUGCGCUGAGGGCCAGAGUGGUGUACCCCAUCAAUCAGAAGUUCCGGCCUCUGGCCGACGGCUCCUCCAAGCCGUCCCUGCACCAGACCCUGAAGCAGGCGGCGUUACCGCACCAGCCCGUGGAGGCCUCCCCGGCCAGCAGCCUGGGCAGCCUGAGCCAGGCGGAGAAGGGUGACGGCAGCUCCUCGUCUCUGCACUCGGUCGCCAGCGAUGACAGGGUGCUCAGCCGCGCCCUGCUCCGCGUGGGCAGCUUCCCUGAGGUGCUGGCCAGCGAGAGCGCGGACACGGACCUGUGUGUCCACAGCCUUCACUUACAGGACUUGAUGCGUGUGGACGCGGCGCUGAGGCGGGAGAAGCACGCGAUGUUUAUCCAGAUUUUAAAAAUGUGCCUCGUAGACCUCCUUCCUAAGAAGAAGUUUGAUGACGAACUGUGCCAGACGAUUCUUUCAAAGCAAGAACGUGAUUUGGAGGAAUUAGAAAAGGGACUUCAGGUCAGCCUGUUGCACACGGGAAUGCUGGGUGCUGGGGACUCCAUCUACAUCACCCUGGCUGACGUGGAGAAGGAGGAGAGAGAGCGCUCUGAACAGCUCCUGGACAACAUGGAAGCUUUCUGGAAACAGAUGGAAGACAUCCAGCACUUUCUUGUGGACCAGUUGAAAUGCUCUGGCUCCAAGGCGCGGCAGCUCCUGGCCUCCCUGAGGGAGAGGAUGAUGACCGCUGAGGGCUUGCUGCGGGACGCCCAGGACCUGCAGGCUCUGGACAUUCUGGAGAGAACGAUGGGGCGGGCAUACAUGGCAAAAAUGAUGGAGUUCCUGAGGCUGCAGGUCCAGGAGGAGACUAGAUGCCGCCUGGCCGCCAUCUCCCGCGGCCUGGAGCUGCUGACCGCCCAGGGGAAGCUGUCUGCGGGGCAGAAGGAGGAGCUGCUGGCUCAGCAGCACAAGGCCUUCUGGGAGGAGGCCGAGCGCUUCAGCAGGGAGUUCAUCCAGCGAGGCAAAGACCUGGCCCAGGCGGCCCAGGCUCGGCAGGCAGAGGAGACAGCAAGACUCACGCAGGUCCAGGAGGACGAACAGAGAAGCUUCCUGGCCAGUGCCCAGCCGACCGCAGACCCAAAGGCGUUCCUCAAGGCGUUUCACGAGGUCCUGGAGAGGCAGCGGCUGAGGCUCAGCGACCUGCAGGAGGAAGAGGACAUCAGGGCCACGGAGGCCAUGACUGAGCUCUGCCAGGAGCUGUACCACGGCACCAUGCAGGUCUUCGGGCGGUUUGUGGACGCGCUGUUCCUGCAGACCCUCCCGGAGGUGAGCGGCCUCCCCCGGGCGGAGUGCGAGGCGCUCCAGCAGCAGGUGCGGGAGCAGGCGGCGCGGCAGCUGGGGCAGUCGGACCGACUCCGCCGCCGGCAGUGGGACGUCCUGCGGGGCCUCCUGGAGCAGGACCGGCAGGUGUGGCUGGAGGAGUGCGCGCUGUCCACCGCGCUGCAGGCCCAGCUGCAGGCCCAUCACGAGAGCACCAUCCACGAGGUCCUCCGGCGGCUGGGCGGCCUCUCCCAAGAGUCUACACAGAGCAUCCUGCAGAGCCACGAGCUGCUGCUGCACUCUGCCCUCCGGCGGCUGGCUCUCCGCAGCUGCGCAGUCGCCACCCUGACGCAGAUGAGGCUGUCCGGGAAGAAGAGGCUCCUCCAGGAGCUGCGGGAGCAGCUGGCCCUGGAGCAGGGCCUGUCCCAGUGUCUAGACGAGCAGCAGUGGCAGCUGCUCAAAGCCCUGGAGGCCCGUGUGCUGGAGGAGGCCACCAGACUGGAGGACGAGGCCCAGCAGACCCGGCUGCGGCUCCAGCAGCAGCUGCUGACCGAGGCGCAGGAGGCCGGGCAGCUCCUGCAGCAGCACAUGCAGCGGGCCAUUGGGCAGGCACUGCUGACGCAUGCGCGGAACGUGGCCAGCAGGAGUCGGGCCAGGGCCAGGGCCGACUGCAAGAGCGCGCUGGCCGAGGCGGUGGCGGAGAGCGUCUACGUGACCGGCGCCGGCAUCGGCCGCCUGGUGCAGGCGCACGAGCAGCGGAUCCGGAGGGUCGUGCGGGACCACGAGGAGGGCGUGCUGCAGCGCCUCAAGACCCUGCAAGGUGCGCGGCUGGACGGUUACGAGCUGCGGAAGAAGCAGGAUGCGGGCUCGCCCCAGGCGGGGCACUGUGGGGCAGGCGAUGCCCCUGAGGUCUCCCAGACUGUGCAGCAGAGGAUGCUGAGGCGGCAGAAGGCGUUCCUGGCCCAGUUCACAGUGUCCCCGCACAGCCGCCUGGACGCGCAGAGGCGCAAGGCCAGCGCCCUGGACCUUCUGGAAGCCCAGCUGGAGACCCAGCUGCAGGAAGCAGAGCAGAUCUUCACCUCCGAGCUGGCGGCCUUGGCCCGCGUGCCCCUGGCUGAGCACAGGCCGCUCAACAGUAAGCGCGGGGCGCCAGAGAAGCCGGUGAGGACCAAAAGGAGGAAGACCCCGCCCCAGGAGAGAGGGGACCCGGGGCCGCCCAGCGAUGGAGGCCCCGCCUUGGGGGACCGCGCCUCAGCUUCACUCAGCACAAGGCCGGGUCCACAAGAAGGCGAAGUAGGGGCCAGGGAGGACGCAGGGAAGUUGCUGAAGAAGAGAAGCAACCUGUAGCUCAAGGCCCGGGCUGCGCCUAUCUGCGGUGCACAGCGCCCCUUGUGGCGGCCUGCGAAGCUGCUCCUGGAGGCAGCAGGUGGUGCCCGGGACUGGGAACAGCCAGCUGCUAGGGACCAGUGCUGUUUCCCCAGGUCUCGUCCCUCCUCCUGAGUGUCCCUUCCCUGGCCCACCCGUGCCCCUGCUGCCAGACCUCGCUGUCCCAAGCUGGAGGUCUCUGGGAACAGCCCUGAGCCCUCUGCUCCUC